AUGUCCAGGCGUCAGGGCUUCGGUCGAGGCGGCAAUAACAAGAACCCGCCCAAUCCACCCAAAGCCAACAACGGUGCUCAAACACCUCCAGCAGUAUACCAGCCACAGCCCCUUGCUACAGCCUCUGCCGUUCCUCAGUCGUCCUCGGUCGCGUCUAAUCUCACCACGGAUGUUGUCCCUAACAAUGAAGACGCCCCGAAGUACUUUUUCCAGGAGAAAUACGCCCCCUUGAACGUGAAAGGAAACUUUCUAACUCUCUGCGCUUGUCCGAAAAAUGUCGAGCUGGGCGAGUGGCUUGCUCAUCAGAUUGUUGAACAAUAUCGUCUACUUCACGGCAUGUUACAAGUGAUUCAGGAAGUGAACACUGUGACUGGUCUCCCCCUAUGCAAUGAGAACACUUGCCCGACAAUGUCUGCUGGACGACUCACCUACACCUGGCUCGUUGAUGGGCGUGCUGCCAAGAUCUCGGCACCCAAGUUUAUCAAUCGAGUUGAGAAAUGGAUUGUCAGCAAGAUUCAUGACCCGGUCAUGUUCCCCACGGAACCAAUCCAGGGCGCACCGCAUACCUUUGCUUCUGGCGAUGUGGCAACUCCCCCAGCAAGCACACCAAUCCCGGCCGGUCCCACCAACUUGAAUGCGUCCUUGACUACACUUACUGGCCAGGAUUGGAUCGGGAAAUCCAGCGGGUUCCCCCCUACCUUCUACAAGGAUUGCCAAGGUAUCAUGAAGCAAAUGUUCCGCUGCUACGCCCACUUGUACCAUGGCCACUGGCUGGAUCCGUUCUGGCACAUCAACCGCCACGAAAUGUUGAACAUGUGCUUUGUCCACUUUGUCACAGUCGCCAAGUACUACAAGCUUGUGGCUGAGAAGGAGAUGGAGCCCAUGCAACCACUCAUCGAUCUGUUUAUCAAGCAAGAGAAGAUUCCCCCGGAGGCCAUCGCUGGUCAUUGGGUCUCACAGGAGGCCGCGGGUACGCCGGCAGCAGCACCUGCAGCUAAUCCACCCGCCGCUUGA